UUGGAGUUUACGUGGUGUAUAUGAUCUGCUAUGAUUUUUAUCAGAAUCUGCCAAGUGAUGCUGCUAUUGGGGUCGAUCCUUGGUGUGUAUCAAUAGAUACUGCACAAAUAUGGGAGCAUGCUCUCGCAAAGAAACAGAAAAAACUAGUGCAAACAUGCACAAACAUAGUAGAUGAAGUUUGGAAGAACAGGCCUCCACCAGAAAUCAAACCUGUUUUUAUACAUCCGCUGGAAUUUGCGGGAUGUGCUGUGGCAGGGAAGUUAACGGAUCUCAGAGAAAAGCUCGCAAAGGAGAAAGCUCGUGGUAUCAUUAUUACAGCGCUUGAUGAGGUAGCUUGGUUGUAUAACAUUCGUGGAAAUGACAUGUCAUACAAUCCAGUUGUUCAUGCAUUUGCUAUUGUAACAUCAAGCUCAGCCUUCUUUUAUGUGGACAAAAAGAAGGUGUCUGCAGAGGUAUACUCCUAUAUGGAGGAGAAUGGAAUUGAAGUCAGGGAUUAUGACGCAGUGAGCUCAGAUGUUGCAUUGCUUGCAACGGGUCAGCUGAACUCCUCAGAAACCAAGGGAACUCCAACUGAAGUUCCAAAUAAUGCUGAACUCAGUUCUACUGAAACAGAAAAUGGUGAGAUUGAAGCAGAAGAAAUCAAUCAUAACGUCAUAUGGCUUGACCCUGGUUCAUGCUGCCAUGCACUAUAUUAUAAACUGAAUUCAGAUGAGGUUCUGCUGCAGCAGUCUCCCUUGGCACUUGCAAAAGCCAUCAAGAGCGAUGUCGACUUCUUCAUCUUCAACCUCUUCGUCUUUUGCUGCAUAAGUUCCUUCAAUUUUUCUGCAACUCUCAACCAUCUAGUCUUUGUUCGUCUUGAUCACUCCAAUUUUCUGCUAUGGAAGUCACAGGUGCUUCCGAUUGUUCGCGGACAUGGUCACAUGACGUUUCUUGAUGGAUCAAGCAAAUGUACACCAGCAAUCAUUGUUUCUAUAACUUCGCCUUCUCAUGAGUCUACUCAAAUCAUUGAUAAUCCAGAUUUCAUUGUUUGGCAAUGGCAAGAUCAGCUUCUCCUUGGAUGGAUUCUUUCAUCUUUAACCGAAUAUGUUCUUGCUUAA